GACCAUGCUUCAGGAAGCUGCACACGGAAAAUGGACAGUAUCUAGCAGCGAUGAAAGUGCUGAGGAAAAUUCUGACAGUGAGAAGCCAUCUACAUCGUCACCAUUGGAUGCUGCACUUGACAGAGCAAGUGGUCCGCAAUAUCCGUGCUCUGAAGCCAGGAAAGCUGCUUACAAGAGGAAAGGUUCUCCCCUGAAGCUCAAUGAUAAAAGUUUUUCUGCAGACGUACCUCCAGCAGUAAAACAGAAAACUAGCCAAGAGGGCUUAGGCUGGUGUCUUUCUAGUAGUGAUGAAGAGCCUGAUGAAAAGCACGCUCGCAAGGAAACACUGAAAGAAGAAAAAUGUGAUGUUGUCAAAGAAGAUCCUCUGAGUCUUUGCAAAGAUGAGAAACUGUCAGAGACUCGGAAAUUGGACAAGUAUAAUGAAACACCUAGUGAAGCCCAAGAUGCCUGGGAUUUGUUGAAUGGGGAGAACCCUUUCAGAUUUUUUCUCACUAAAGUCAGAGGAAUUGAACAACGCUAUAAUUCUGGAGCUCUGCACAUAAAAGAUAUUUUGUCUCCUCUCUUUGGGACUCUUGUAUCUUCUGCCCAGUUUAACUACUGUAUAGACGUGGGAUGGCUUGUAAGACAGUAUCCACUGGAAUUCAGGAAGAAGCCACUGUUAAUAAUUCAUGGUGAAAAGAGAGAAUCCAAAGCUGAACUACUUGCACAAGCACGUCCUUAUGAGAACAUCAGCUUUUGUCAGGCUAAAUUGGAUAUUGCAUUUGGAACUCACCACACGAAAAUGAUGUUAUUGCUCUAUGAAGAAGGUCUUCGAGUAGUGAUACAUACAUCCAAUCUUAUUGCUGAAGAUUGGCACCAGAAAACUCAGGGAAUAUGGCUAAGCCCUUUAUAUCCAAGGCUACCUCAAGGAUCAGCUGGUUCUGAUGGUGAAUCUGAAACCAAUUUUAAGUCUGACUUAAUAAAUUACUUAAUGGCUUAUAAUUCUCCUCUACUCAAGGAAUGGAUAGAUCUGAUUCAAGAACAUGAUUUGUCAGAGACAAGAGUGUAUCUCCUUGGUUCUACCCCUGGACGAUAUCAAGGUACUGAUAAAGAAAAGUGGGGUCAUCUGAGACUCAGAAAGCUUUUGAAAAAGUAUGCUUCAUCAAUACCAGCACAGGAAUCCUGGCCUGUUGUUGGACAGUUCUCAAGCAUUGGUUCAAUGGGAGCUGAUGGGUCUAAAUGGCUGUGCUCAGAGUUCCAAGAAAGCCUGGUGACUGCUGGCAGCAGCGUGGCAACUCCCCUUAAGUAUGAUGUUCCAAUGCAUUUGGUUUAUCCUACAGUGAACAAUGUGAGGCAAAGUCUGGAAGGCUAUCCUGCUGGUGGCUCGCUUCCAUACAGUAUACAGACGGCACAGAAACAGCUGUGGUUGCAUUCCUAUUUUCACAAAUGGUCAGCAGAAGUCUCAGGUCGAAGCCGUGCUAUACCUCACAUUAAGACAUACAUGAGAUCCUCUCCUGACUUCCAGAAGAUUGCAUGGUUCUUGGUUACCAGUGCAAAUCUAUCUAAAGCAGCCUGGGGAGCUCUGGAGAAAAACGGCACCCAACUGAUGAUCCGUUCAUAUGAACUUGGAGUUCUUUUCUUGCCUUCAGCAUUUGGACUGGACAAAGCUUACUUUCAUGUGGGAGGGAAAAUGCUUCGAGAAAGUAGUGACUCAGCAACUCAUUUUCCUGUACCUUAUGACCUGCCACCAAUACAGUAUGGAAACAAAGAUCAGCCAUGGAUUUGGAAUAUUCCUUACACAGAUGCCCCUGAUACACAUGGAAAUAUGUGGGUUCCAUCGUGAAUGUUUUCAGUGUUCUGUGACGUUUGACUGACACUGAGCCUGCCACACUACUUGCAAGACUGCUUAUUUCUUUUUUUAAGCUAUGAUGUCUGCUCUAAUGACUAAUUUGUAGGUGAAAGAAACAUCAAGAAAUUGACGUUAGGGAGAUUUUUGGAGAAUCUCUAACCACACUAUUAUAAAUAAACCUGCAUUUAAAAAUACAUUUUAAAAUGCUUUUUCCUUACUAUAGUUCCUAAUAUGCUUUUCAGGAUUAAAACAAGUGUAGACUAUUCUCAGAGAUUCUCUCUGCAUAUUUAAUUGUAAUGAGCCUUAAUUUUUCUGUUCUUUGGCUUCAGUCUUUGGAGAGAAAGUUACUGUAUGUAAAAUUUAAAUUAAAGUCAAUCUUGUUUAUA